UUUAAAGCUUUUUUUUUUACUCUAGGGCUUCAAUUUUUUUUGGAAAAAAAUAUAUAAUAAUGCCAUGAAAUAUGUCUUCAUUGCAGCGAGAAGCUUUGAAAAAUAAUUUGCCCCCUCUACCUAAUCGUAUGGCAACAGGAACACACUCAAGGUUUUCUGGAUUAGUUCCAAGGCGAAACCAAAGAGAUUACUCUGUUACAUUUUGGGAUAAAUACUUUGAUCAGAAGGAGGAUGUCUUACUGGGAGAAAAUAAAUUUAGAAUAUAUGUAACUGGUAACUCUGGUCCAUUGCUUUUACUUCUUCAUGGUGGUGGUCAUUCAGCGUUAUCUUGGGCUGUGUUUGCAAAAGCCAUUUCAUCCAUGUGUACCUGUAUAGUUGCAGCUAUUGACUUCAGAGGCCAUGGUGACACUGUAACCUCUGAUGAUUAUAAUAUGUCUGCUGAAGUUUUAGCUAGAGAUAUUGUUGGUGUGUGUACAACGUAUUUUAAAGACCUUCCACCUACUGUUUUGCUUGGCCAUAGUAUGGGUGGUGCAAUAGCUGUUCAUAUUGCUGCUCAGAAGUAUUUACCAACAUUAAGUGGACUGGCUGUUAUAGAUGUUGUAGAAGGUACUGCACUUGAUGCAUUGUCAAACAUGCAAAAUUUCCUGCGAAGUCGACCACAACAAUUUAGAUCAAUAGAACACGCUAUUGAAUGGAGUAUUCGCUCUGGACAAUUAAAAAAUGUUGAAUCUGCGAAGGUAUCUAUGAGCGGUCAAUUAAAGAGGGUUUCGAAGAACAUACAAAAUCAUGUUCCAGAAUCAACCUGUACCUCUGGGCUAUCUAAUAUUUCAGAAGAUGGCCAGAAAACAAAACCAGCUGAAUGUGAAGUCUUGCAUUUAAAGGAAGAAGGUUUUGCAUAUGCUUGGAGAGUGGACUUAUCAAAAACAGAACCACACUGGCGAGGGUGGUUUCAAAACAUGUCUUCAUUAUUUCUUUCGAGUCCUGUACCUAAACUACUGCUUCUUGCAGGUGUAGAUCGUCUAGACAAAGAAUUAACUAUUGGACAAAUGCAAGGGAAAUUUCAAAUGCAAAUUUUGGGUGGAUGUGGUCAUAUGGUACAUGAGGAUAUCCCAGAUAAGGUAGCUGAAAUUAUAACAGGAUUCCUUAUUAGGCAGAAACUUACCGAAGCUAAAUCUUCCUUUCAGAGACAUAUGCCAGCAUGUUGAAUCCAGUUGAAGUAGACGUAUCAGUGAGAGAGACAAUAAAUAACGUAUUAUUUAAAACCACUUUAGAUUAUUUUUACAAAAUUGUAAAUACAUAGAAAAAAACUCUACAAUAACUUAAAAGUAUUUUUUCUUUUACUUAAACCAUAGCUUUGAUUUUUGGUGAUUUCAUCAUUUUUCAAAAUUCUUGAUUUCUUUUUGAAGGCUGUAUGAGGACAAAAAAAAGUAAGAACGAUUGACAUAUAAUUCGAUACAUAAAUCUUAUUAUUUCCUAGAAAUGGUUACUUAAAAAUUUGAUUUUUUCGGUUCAAUAUAAGAAAGGCUUUUAAAGAUUUGUGAUCAAAAUAUUUCUAACCUGAUUUGGCAAAAAUGUGUGUUUGAUGUAAACUUUAUAGCAGGAAGGAAAUUUCGCAGGAAUUUAUUUUUAUUAAUAAGUCGAAUUUGAAAUUUUUGUAAGAACUAAUUUCCUUGAAGAAAUACAAAAUUUCAUUAUUGUUG